AUGCGGGGCAGUCCUGCGUUCUUCGCCAUAUUACUCGGCACGAUAUUCGGUGUCCUGGGCGCGUCCCUUAGCAAGGCGCUCAGGUACAAAGCGCCGGACGAGUGCAAGUGGGUCGCGACUGGGGACACUGAGGACGACGUCUCGUUGGUCUGUAGACUGAGGACCAUCAACAGCGAGCUGGAGAACACGAAUUUCAGCGUGAUACAGCCGCAGCAUACGGUCAGGCUGCAGCUGGAAUGCAGCGAUGCUCUAUUUUAUCAGAGCUCGUUGAGCGCUGGUAGCUUCAGACCGUUGGUCGAACUGAGAGAACUGGUGAUCGAGUACUGCAAGAUCGGUAACCUGUCCGACGACGCGUUCAAAGGAUUAAAGGAGUUGCGUAACCUGACCGUGAGGACGCACAACACCGACUGGUCGGCGAUGGCGUUGGAUGUCUCCGCUGGCGCGUUCACGGAUGAGCUGAGGCAACUGGAGAAGCUGGAUCUCGGCGAGAACAACAUGUGGAGCAUACCAGAAGGUGCUCUGUGUCCGCUGGUUAAUCUAGAGAUAUUGAACUUGACUAGGAACAGACUGAGAGAGGUGACGAUGUCGAACUUGAAAGAACUGGACUUGAGUAACAACAGCAUCGAAUCUCUACCCACGGCGGCGUUCUCCGGUUUGACCAGGCUGCACAGCAUCGAUCUACGGUGCAACGCCAUCAGCUUCAUGGCGGACCGCGCGUUCGAAGGACUCUCGUCGUUGGCCAUCUUGAGGCUCGGGGAUAAUCGACUCGCCAGCCUGCCGCCAGAAUUAUUCAGCGACGCGAGGAAUAUUCAAGAGAUUCAUCUUAGGAAUAACACGUUGAACGUGCUACCGCCUGGUUUAUUCAGUGAACUGACGCAGUUGGUAGUGUUAGAUCUGUCUCACAACGAAUUGACCGCCGAGUGGGUGAACGCGGCUACUUUCAGUGGUUUGGUACGUUUAGUGGUGCUCGAUUUGUCGAACAAUCGUAUAGCUCGACUCGAUCCUACGGUGUUCCGCGAUCUCUACAGCCUACAGAUACUUCGUCUACAGGAGAAUCUUAUCGAGAAUUUACCGGAGAACACGUUCUCCGCGCUCUACAAUCUUCACACUCUGUUGCUCAGCGAUAAUCUACUAACUGUCGUCGACGCGACGACGCUAAGCGGACUUUACGUGUUAAAUCUACUCUCGUUGGACAACAACAGGCUGCACACGAUCCACCCUAGCUCCCUGAGGAACGCCUCGUCCCUACAGGAGUUCCACCUGAACCGUAACCAGCUGAAAUCCGUCCCGGACGCGCUGAAAGCCACUCCCCUUCUGCGAACCCUCGACCUCGGCGAGAAUCUCAUUUCAGAGAUACCGACCGGCACGUUCGACCACGUGGCGCAGCUCUACGGUCUUCGAUUAACCGAAAAUCAUAUUGGGAAUCUCACCAAGGGCGUAUUCGAUCGUAUCAAGGAGCUGAAGAUAUUAAAUCUCGCGAUGAAUCGUAUACAGUACAUCGAGCCGGGUACCUUCGACGAGAACCUCAAUCUGCAGGCGAUCCGUUUGGACGGUAAUCAACUGACAGACAUCGCCGGCCUCUUCACCAAUCUACCGAACCUCGUCUGGUUGAACGUCAGCGAUAACAAGCUACGUUGGUUCGACUACGCUAUGAUACCGACCGGAUUACAGUGGUUAGACAUACACUCCAACGAGAUACGCGAGCUCGGCAAUUAUUUCGAGAUCGAGAGUCAACUGCAGUUGAGCACCUUCGACGCGAGCGAGAACAAGCUCACGGAGAUCACCGGAAACGCGAUACCAAUGAGCGUGGAGAGAUUGUAUUUGAACGACAACCUGAUCUCCAAGGUGCAGAGUUAUUCGUUCUUCAAGAAACCGAACUUGACCACCGUCGAGCUGAAAGGGAAUCAGAUACGAAAUUUGGAACCUUACGCGCUUCGAAUCAGCGCCGUACCACCCGAGAAAUCUCUACCUGAGUUCUACAUCGGUGACAAUCAGUAUCUCUGCGACUGUACCAUGGAAUGGUUGCAGAGAGUCAACAGACAGAAUCAGACUAGAGUUCAACCGAGAGUGAUGGACCUCGAGAGCAUUUACUGCAAGCUUCUCUACGACAGAGAACACGCGUUCGUCCCUCUGGUCGAAGCGUCGCACUCGCAAUUUCUCUGCAAGUACGAGACUCAUUGUUUCGCACUGUGUCACUGCUGCGACUUCGACGCCUGCGACUGCGAGAUGACCUGUCCACAAAACUGCACGUGUUACCACGAUCAAUCGUGGUCUGCGAACGUAGUAGACUGUUCCAACGGCGGGCACGUGAACAAACUACCCGAACAGAUACCAAUGGACGCGACCAGGCUCUAUCUAGACGGAAACGAUCUACGUGUCGUGUCCAGCCACGCUUUCAUCGGUCGUAAGAAGCUCAAAGUGCUCUUCCUCAACUCCUCCAACAUCGAAAUCGUUCAGAACAGAUCGUUCAACGGGCUGAGAGAUCUGGAGGAUCUACAUCUGCAAGACAACAGAGUUCGAGAGUUAAAGGGACACGAGUUCGAAGGAUUGGACGCUCUCAAGUUGCUCUAUCUUCACAGAAAUCGUAUAGUGUCUAUUGGAAACGACACCUUCUCCUCUCUUCGAUCGCUGCGAAUUCUGAAACUGGAAAGCAACAAACUAACGACACUAGCGGUGUGGACUUUACCGGGCUCGAUCGAGAUCAGUUUGUCCGGGAAUCCGUGGUCCUGUGAGUGCGACUAUCUACAGAGUUACCGCGAGUGGAUCCGUGAGCCGAACGUUCGUGUGACAGACGCGUCCGCGUUGCGUUGCGUGUACAACGUGACGGAGUUCGAGGCGUUCGGUGACGAGGUGUUCGCGGACAACGAGUUCGGCUUCUCUGUGGCGAGUAACGACCGCGAGAAGAGCAACGACAGCGUGUGCAUCGGUGCGGCAAGCAUCGACAACGACGUGCACCGCAACUACACCAAGACGAUCAUCGAGAAACAGGUGCUCCAGGACUAUCUUCCUCUGUUGGUCGCGACGUUGGUCGGCUCGCUACUGGUAGUGCUCCUCUGUAUGCUCGCGUUCGUGUUCAGGCAAGAGCUCAGAGUGUGGUUCCACUCGAGAUUCGGCGUGAGAAUAUUCUACAGAAAUCACGAGGUGGACAGAGACGAUCGGGACAAAUUGUUCGACGCUUUCGUCAGUUACAGCUCGAAAGACGAAGCGUUCGUCGCCGAAGAGCUGGCACCUGUUCUAGAAAUGGGCAAUCCUCCCUAUAAAUUGUGCCUACACUACCGUGACUUUCCUGUCGGAAGCUUCAUAGCCGACACGAUAGUCCAAGCGGUGGAAUCAUCGAGGCGAACGAUCAUGGUACUGUCGGAGAAUUUCAUCAAGUCCGAGUGGUGUCGUUUCGACUUCAAAUCAGCCCACCAUCAAGUGCUGAGAGACAGAAGACGAAGAUUGAUCUUGGUGCUGGUCGGUGACGUUCACCAGAGGGAUCUCGAUCCGGACAUCAGGCUCUAUCUGAAGACCAACACGUAUUUGCAAUGGGGCGACAAACUGUUCUGGGAGAAAUUGAGAUUCGCUUUGCCGGACGUGCCCAACAAUCAGAGGACCACGCAGAGAACGAGGCAGCCGCCUCCUGUCCGACGGCAGCACAACAACAGGACAUCGAACGGAUCGCGUACUGUCUCCGUGCACAUAUGA